AUGAUCUUCAUCGUUGUUUUUUGUACCGCCAUCUCUAGAGGACAUAUUAACCCAGCAGCGACGUUUGGGCUUUUCUUGGCCCGUAAAGUGUCACUAAUCCGUGUUGUGAUGUACAUCGUGACAGAAUGCUUGGGUGCAAUGUGUGGUGUAGGGCUAGAAAAGGCCUUCCAAAAGUCUUACUAUGUGCAGUAUAGUGGUGGGGCGAACGAGAUCGCCGAUGGCUACAGAAAAGGUUUGGGUUUGGCAGCUCAAAUUAUUGGCACCUUCGUCCUUGUCUACACUGUUUUCUCUGCUACUGAUCCCAAGAGAAGUGCCAGAGCCUCCCAUGCCCCUGUAAUAUUGGCACCACUUCCAAUUGGGUUUGCAGUUUUGUUCCCCCACUUUGUUGUUGAAACAACUGCGUCUGAAAGGGAGCAAUUAUUGCUUGUGAAAAUUUCAGAGCUUGAAGCCAGGAUGAUUAAUCCAACUGAUGGGGUAGCUGAGGCAAGGUUGAAAUAUCUGCAGCUUGAUGGUACUAAUUACCUAGAUUGGUCACAUUCUAUGAGACUUUCUCUUAGGAGUAAGGGAAAACUUGGAUAUAUCACAGGUGCUAUCAAGGCUCCCACAGCUGGUUCACCUACUUUUGAUAAAUGA